AUGGCAGCAGCGCGUCGUUCGAGGCGGGAGCUCACCGACGAUGUCCAGGGGAGCGGUGGCGGCUCCGGUGCUGAGGCGGCAGCCUCGCCGGUGGAAGAUACCGUUGCCGCCAACGUCCUGGAGCACUACAUACGCUUUCGCUCCAAAGCCGAGGACGCAAGCUUCAAGGGGUGGCUUGAGCUGCUGGAGCUGACCAUGCCCAAGCUAGAGCGUCGCCGCGGGCUGCUGGAGAUCGACAAGGCGACGCGGCUUUGCUACGUGAUGAUGCUGGUGGGCACUGGGCGUGACCCCCCCCUCGCAUCUCGAGCGAUCGCCGCCAUGCUCGUUGACCACUGGUGCGACAAGGGCCCCUGCGCCUUCCUACAAAAGGACGCCAUCCGCCACGCCACUGUGGUCGAUGGGGAGUACUCUGAAGGCUUGGACAAAGAAAGCAUCGCUCAACAGCUGGAGAGUGGGGUCGAGGACGCCCUGGACGGGACAGGCUUGGAAGGGUUGGGGGUCUUCGCUGAUUGGAGACGAGAUCGGGACGUCCUUUGCCCGGGAGGGGCGGCGUCCCUUCGGGAGGAGAUCAUGGGCGUGGCACAGCGAUGCCGUGAUGCCCCCAAUGACCUGGAUGCCCUGUCGAUACUGGAGGAAUACACGGAGGAGAGGAGGAUGGGCACCUUCGAGGACGACUUCAUGGCCUGGGGUAGGGUGCAGCUGAAGAAGCUCCCGGCCACGUUGUUUGAUCGCGCGGGAUUCACCACAUCGGCGCCCCCGUCCACACCGGACGCAAAGAAAUCCAGCAGCGCCGAGGGCGGGGGCAGCGCGGCAAGCGGCAGUCGUGUUGACGGGAGCAGCGGCCGGCGGGGAAGAGGCAAAGGCACCCCGGUGCGGGACAGAAGCCGGGCGGCUAGAAGGGUUAUCACUACUAUCAGUGACAGCAGCAGCGAAGACGAUAGCGGCAGCCGCCGCCGCCGCGGGGGCGUGGGGAACAAGCCGCCCUCUUCUGCGCCUCCCGAUUCGCCUAGGGUCUCGCCCGCGACAUCUCGGAGAGCGUUAGGGUCUGACGAUCAUGGCUCUGGCUCUAAGGCAACGGCUGGGUCUGGGGCGAGCGUUGCUGUGUCGGGUGCGAUGGAGCAGCCUCUGUCUUUGGACGAUGACGGCAGCGAAGACGACGCAUCCUCUUCCGGCAACGGCCCGCCCCCCGCCAGCGGCGGCGAGCCAGACAGCGCAAGGGAGAGAAAAGACGGACACGGACACGGCGGUGAUCCCCAGUGCUCCUCGGCCUCGGACAGCAGUGACGAUGAUGAGCUGGAAGACGAGUACUUCCCGUCCGAUUCGUCGAAGCGCUUGAGGUCGGAGCAAAAGAAGCAGCGCCGGAAGCGCCGGAAGAAGAGGCAUCUUGACUCCGGCGGGGUGGUCCCGGCAGCGGCCUCGCUGGAGAAGGAAGCGGCGAAGGUCGUGGCGGCGAUGGAGGCGGCGCGACCCCGACCCCGGCGCGCGGGUAAGCGCAACCAGUGGGAGCUGGUCGAGGGGGACCAGGUCAUCCUCGAGGCGAAGGAGUUCGGCCGCCCGACGACUUGGGUGCCGGGCGUGGUGACCUGCAACCGCAAGGACGGCACGUACGACGUGUUCCUGGCGGGCGGCGAGGUCGCCCGCUUGGUGAGGAGGGUCGAGCUGCACUACCGCCACGGCGGCGGCGGGGCGAGAGCGGGAGCGAGGAGUUCCACGGAGGCGCGGCCCGACGGCUGCCCUGACGCCGUCUUCGGCUCGGCGGACGUGAUCGACGUUUCGCCGGGGCCGGGGGCGGAGGAGGCGGGGGGGGGCGAAGCAGGCGCCGGUACCGGCGCCGGUGCCGGCCGGCGGGGUCCCGGACGGCCGCGGCUGUCGAAGGCGUACCGCGGCGGCGGCAGCGGCGGCGGCGGCGGCCGCCGAAGGACUCGAACGAUGACGAAUAACACGGAGAGCGGAGACGAUAGCGACAACGGCGAGAGUAGAGGGGACACCCGCGAGGGCGAGGAACAGAAGAAGAAGGCGGCAGCCCCGCCGGCCGCGGGCGGCGGUGCAAGCGGCGACGGCAACAGCAAGGGUAAGGGAAAAGGCCCCGCUAGGCUUACGAACGCCGACCGGCGAACGAGAGUAUCCGUCGUCGACCUGGCUGGUGACAGUCCCGCCGCGUCGCCAACGAGGGCCGCUUCAGCGACGACGACAGGCCUCCGUGCGGUGAGGACGAGGUCGCCGGUGAGGUCGUCCGUGAGCCAAGCCUCACGACCAGCUUCAGGCCGCUUCUACUACUACGAGAGCGUGUCAGAAGACGACGAGGACAGCAGUAGUAGUGGCGACGAAAGGCGGCCGGUGCGGUCGGAUGCUAGCGUCAAGCCACCGUCGGCGAGGCUCAACCGCAGCGGCGGCGGCGGCGGCGGCCGGCGAGAAAAGAGGAGCGAGGCGGCGCGAGCCGUUGGGUGGCAGGCGAAUACGUCCUCGGGAAACGAUGGAGACAAUGACGGAGUCACCUCCUCUCCCGCUGCAAGCAGUGGAGGAGAGAGGCACGGAGAGCGGGGAAGAGUGUCGGGGGAGGGAGUCCGCGACAAGGCUGCUGCUGGCAAAUUCCCGACGGAUUCCGAAAUCGCCGCGCAUAAGCAAGGGGGCACGGGCUGGGGCGGCGACUGUGCCAGCGAUUCGGACGGCAGCAGCAGUUCGGGUUCGGAGGCUGCCGCGCCGAGGAGUAGGAGGCCGAAGCGCAAGGGCAAGGCUAGAUCAUAA